GGUCGAGUCGAUCGACUCGACCAGGGUUGGUGGACUGACCCGCGACAGUGUCCGCGAGCAAGAUACGACAGGCAACGUGAGCCACAAGGCUGCAUCCAGUAGGCGCGUCGCCACGGUGGACGCUGAUGUGGACCGCUCGACGAUCGGCUCCGAAGCAGCCGAGUCGGUCGACUCGGAAAUCAUCGACGUAGUCGGUGGGUUGUCCCAGCCGCCAUCUCGACGAGCCUCCGUAUCAAACGAGGAGAUGCAGACAGCACCCCCUGCAGCUUCUACUCAGCUCAAGAAACGAAUCAAGAAGAAGAGCCUGCUCGGUAUCUCGGGUUAUCAGAAAAUCGGCCAAGAGUCCCGCCGAGCCGCGAUGCCGCUGACGGCCGAGCCGCUCGAGGAGUCGUCUGAGCCGUCAAUCGAGCCCUCGGCUGAGGUUUUAGCCGAACCCUCGACGGAGCCCUCGAUCGAGCCGUCAAUCGAGCUCGAACCCUCGGUCGAGGCUUAUGAGCCGCCCCAACCAGCCAGAGGCGAACUGGAGCGGUGGCUCCGGCAGCGAUGUCUCCCUCUCUUCGUUGUCGCUCUGCCAGACCCUGCAGCCCCUCCCUCAAGCACCAGCAGCACCGUCAAGUACAUGGUCGAUUUCCAGGUUGGCCUCUUCAUGGGGCUCAAGUCUGGCCGUGCGCUACUUGAGCGCUAUCCCUCCAUCUCCCGGCGGGUUGCGACGACCGUGGAGAAGGAGCUCCUGGAAACCAGCCCCGUUGCCGCGGCCAUCUUUGACGCCCUCUACUCGUCACGGCCCGAAGCAUGCCCUCGCUGGGUCAAAUGGGUCCUGACCAAGUCGGGAUCAAAGGGCAUGAAGCUGACCGAUAUUGACAUUCACCUGCUCCGUGAAGCCGACGUGAUGACCGAGAUUGUCGAUCCCGAGGUUGCGGCUGGCUGCAAGGACACGUCCGCAGCCAGCUCGGAGCAGUGGCGUGCCCUGCGCUCGAGCGAUAUUGUCAAGAAGCUGAAUCUCCAUGCCGACCAGCCCGAUCAAAAUGCCGACUCAAUGCCACCUGCCGAGGGCCUUGCAGACGAAGCCAAAGGAGCAGCCGGAGGCGAGACGGCACCUGUUCCGGUCAACGGACAAGCCUCGACCCACGAGCUGCCAGAAGGAGCAACACCAGCAGGCGAGCCGCCAGCCGAGUCUUUUGGCGGGCAAGAGAAUGGAUCUUUGACAGCGACCUCGUCUGCCUUACCAAAAGCCAGGCGGCCCCUGCCCCUGAAGUUUGCAAUCAAGAUGGCUGUCAAGGGAAGCAGUGGUCCAGCCAGUGCCAAGUAAUCCGCGACACAGCGGAGUCUGUCGAUAUUUUUUGCAGCCAUCGCGGUGAUGGCCCCCGAAUGUGGUAGCAUGAGCGCAGUUUGAAUGCCGGUCCAUAUGCCAAUGGGGCUUGUCGCGAUCGUGCUUGAGUCGGACGCAGCUUUGAUGGAUUGCAGCAGCAGCAGCAGCAAUGUCAGUGCCGUCCAUAUAAUAUACCUACCCAUUUUGAGUCAGGGUUGUCGUAGCUUCCCGAGCCUGAAUACGCACCCCACCCAUCGCCCGCCAA